AUGGAUCACAUACAGGCUUUAUCAGAGAAGAUCGAACAAAAGUGGCAGCUAUUUGAUGAGUCCAAUAAUAAAACGUACCAAUAUGGUUGGAGCGAUCUUCCAUGUCAUUUAUUGGAGAAGAUCGGGAAGCACCUCAAUACUAAACCACAUGUUUCUCUAUUUCGUGCAGUUUGUCAUUCAUGGCGUCUCUCUGUUCCUUCCUUCAAAAAACCACAACUCUUUCCUUCCAUUUGCAUUGGCGACCUCGUUGCCGAUAGUCAUGCCACUGCUACAACUAGUGCCACCAACAUCUUCACCGUCUCGGCUGACCUUUUCAUCUAUCAGUUCGUAUCUCCGGUGCAUGACAAUCAUAAUCAAUCACAGUUGGGUAAAAACUGGUUGAUGCUUGUAGAAGAAGGUAAGUUGGGUAAAGUUUUCUAUCCAAGUCGUGUAAUGCAAAAAUAUGAACUAGAGAAGCCAAACUUGCUGGACUUUCGGGUGUUUGAAUUGGCAAGAGUUUAUCGUCUGUAUUCAUCAAAAGGUAACAUAGUCUCGAAUUGUAAAGCAGCCAUGUCCUUAAUCAAUAAUGAUCGACCAGAGCUCAUGAUUUUGGCUACUACGAAAACCCUGGAUUCUAACUUGUACGAAUUAGAGGCUGGUUUGCACCGCUGCAACUUAGGGUUUGAUGACCGCUGCACUAAAUUGACAUAUGAUCCAGUUACAAAUUCUGAUAAGUUGGUGGACAUUAUUUGUCACCGAGGAAAGUUCUAUGCCGUCGCCGAGAAUGGGAGAGCUAUAGUGAUCGAUCCUUCGUCUUCUUUACCGGAGCCGGUAACUAUUGCGGACCCAGUAAGUGAUGGGGUUUAUGCUCGUAUGAUGAAGUUAAUAGAAUCAUCGGGAGAGCUGCUUUUAGUUGAAACACGGCCGGUUUCUAAUGGUUUUCCGGCCAAGGUUUUCAAGCUGAACACAUAUGAGAAACGAUGGGUUAAGAUCGAGCAUUUGAAGGGUCGUCAGGUUUUGUUUGUGGGUGAUGAGUGGUGCUUCUCUAUGUCUAGUCGGAAAUAUCCGGGCCUCAUGCACGAUUGCAUUUACUAUUAUGAUUCAGUAUCGGAAUCAAUAUCACCAUUAGUGUUCGACUUACUUGCGGACCGGUACUUAUUCUUGCAUCUAAACAAAUAG